CGCAAUAUUUAGAUUUCUAGGAAAAAAACCAAACCCGCUUUUGGAAAAACGUGGAAAAUUUCAAAGCUGAAAAGUACGAGGGGAGUUUUUCAUCGUAGAAUUUUUUAUCCCAAGGACGGGUGAAAAAACAAAAAAGAAAACACGGUGAACGAAGUGCGGCGAUGAAGGACUUCCAUCUCGUGGGCCGUGACGCCGGUUGGAAAGGCGCAAUCACUGUUUCCCAGCUCGUGCUCUAGACACCGCCGCUCGCAGGCCUUUUCCGGCGAUUUAUUUUCUUUUCCCGUCUGAUCUUCCCCGACCAUGUCCUGGCUGUUCGGGAUCAAACGGGCGGACCAGGUCGGACCCGAGCUCCCUGAGGCGCCGCCCGCUGACGGAGGGGCCGGGGACACCGGCAAGGUCGACUUGUCCAAGAUUGACGACAAGACGAAGAAGUCGAUGGAGGCGUACAGAUUUGAUUCUUCAGCGCUCGAGCGGGCAGCUAAAGCCGCUAAGGAGCUAGAGAAAUCACGGCACUCAAAAGAAGCCCUAGAGUUGUCGAAGCUCCAAGAAGUGACAAAGCAGCAAGAGAUGAUUUCUAAAAUCAAGGAGUACGAGAUGAUGAUGGAAAAGGCGAAAGUUGAGCAGAAAAGGGUUGAUGCCGAGGAGAGGAGGAAGACGCUUGCCGAGGAGACGAAGCACCAUCAAUCACGCGCAAAUUACCAAGACCAGCUGGCCCGAAAGAGGUAUGAGGACCAGCUGCUUCAACAGCAGAAGAUGAAUGACGAGAACCUGCGCCGUCAGGAGGAGUCGGUCGCGAAGCAGGAAGCGAUGCGCCGAGCGACGAUCGAGCACGAGAUGGAGAUGAGAUCGAAGGUGGACGCAAAGAAGCUCGAGGCUGAGAUGAUGGCCAAGGCGAAGGCAGACCGGGAGAACCAGGAUCUCUACCUCGAAAGGCUGAGGCUGAAGGCAUCCGAGAACAGGACGACGGUGCUCGAGUCCAUCAAGACGGCCGGGAACCUCAUCGGGACGGGUGUGCACACGCUUCUGACCGACUGGGAGAAGACGCUGACAGCUGUAGGUGGCUUGUCACUCCUCGCCCUGGGCGUGUACACAGCUAAAAACACAACAUCCCUUACGGCGCGGUUCCUCGAGGCCCGCCUAGGCAAGCCGACCCUUGUCAGGGAGACGUCCCGUUUCUCCAUAAUCGAGUCUCUAAAGCACCCCGUUAAGACACUCCAACAGUUCAAGACACAACCGUCGGAUGCUCUUGCAGGAGUGAUCCUCGAGCCCAAACUCGAAGAAAGACUGAGGGACGUCGCCAUCGCGACUAAAAACACAAAACAGAACAGAGGGAUGUACAGGAACAUUUUGAUGUAUGGACCUCCUGGAACAGGGAAGACGCUUUUUGCUAAGAAAUUAGCAAUGCACUCAGGAUUAGACUAUGCGAUACUGACAGGAGGAGAUGUCUCUCCACUCGGUAGUGAUGCGGUAACGGCAAUGCACAAGGUAUUCGACUGGGCACAGACGUCACGCAAAGGCCUUCUGCUCUUCAUCGACGAAGCCGAUGCGUUUCUUAGGAAGCGUUCUUCAGAGACAAUAUCUGAGACGCUUAGAGCGACUCUCAAUGCAUUCCUUUAUCGUACGGGGGAACAGAGCAAUAAAUUUAUGCUAGUCUUGGCAUCAAACACGCCGGAACAGUUCGACUGGGCUGUGAACGACAGGCUGGACGAGAUGGUAGAAUUCACUCUGCCCGGUUUUGAAGAGCGCGAGCGCCUCCUUCGCCUCUACUUCGACAAGUUUGUACUUGAGCCAGCAUCCAAAGGUCACAAACGGCUCAAGGUCGAGCAUUUCGACUUCGGCACAUUCUGCUCCGAGAUGGCAACUCUGACUGAGGGGAUGAGCGGCCGUGAGAUUGCCAAACUCGGUGUUGCCUGGCAGGCGGCUGCCUACUCAUCGGCCGACGGCGUCCUAACACGACAGAUGGCCGAGGAGCGUGUGAGGCAGGCGCUCUUGCAACACUCGCAGAAGGUCGAGUGGCAAUCUGAGGCGGAGAAGAGAGAGGCGAAAAGUCUGACUUACUCAAGCAAAGAGUCGAGCUACGCUCUGCUCAAACAGGCUCAGGGAGGGCAGCCUCUACUCGAAUCGAACACAGCGAAAUCGGCAGGUGCUAUGGCAGCUCCGUCAAGCCAACCGAGUAAACGAAAUUAUCAAAAGCCUCCUGUAAAGACUAGAUAGCAUAAAAAGGGCAAACCUGUACCUGCAAAAGUUUAGUCCGACAACCUAGGGAAGAAAGCGGGCUUUGAUAGUCGACCAAUGGUUUAAUGUUAAACAAAUUAUAAUUAAUCAAUUUCCAAAAACUAAAAUAUAAAAACAAAAAAAAAUUUUUUGAAAAGAAGAGGGUGCUCGAAAAUGCUCGUUUACCCUGAGAAAAAAACCAAACACAAAAAGAUCGUCGAGACUGAUCGAAAUUCUUCAACUAUGACCAAAAAAUGUUUAUUCGAGAUAAAAUAAAAUAAAUAUGAAAAAACCUUCCUCCAUCCCUCCUUUGUUUUAUUUUCUUCUUUUCACUUUUUAUUUAACAAAAAAAAUGUUACUUUUCCCCGCGUUCCUGAAGAAGAUGGAGCAUCAGCUGUAAAAAAAAAAA